UAAAAAGAGAAACAUACUUAACCAACAAUGAACCAAGAACUAUACUAAAACAUUUCAACGGCUAUAUUUUCUGUCUCAUCUUCCAAACCCUAUUCUUCUCUCUGUUCUCACCACCACAACACCGAACAAAACAUCAUCACAUUAUGAAUUUGGAGAGAGGACCCAGGUACGAUGAAUACGCUAAAUUGCGAGAGAAAAAGCUUCGACUCAACUACCAAACACAGCAACAAGAUUAUCAAGAAGAACAAGAAGAAAAAGAGAAUGUUUUUGAAUCAAAAAUCCCAACCAUAUCAACAAAACAAGUCAAGUUUCAAGUUGGUGUGUCUUCUGUAAGAAAAGGGUCUUCUCUUGUAGUUCAAUCUGUGCCGGAUUUCUCUUCAUUGUUAAGGAAAGAAAAUCGCAAACCAACGAAUAAUGCACUACCUGGUACAACGACAUUGACACCUCCGUUGAAGAACAGGAACAAAGGUUGUGGUGUUAUGUCGAGUUCAAGAGGAGGUAGUAGAUCGGUAAAUGUUAAUGCAGAGAAGAGAAAGGGUUGUGGUGGUGGCGGUGGUGGGAUUCUUACGGCAAGGAAAAGCUAUGGUAAUUUUGACGAACUGAGGAGUUUUUCUUCCGCUACUGCAAAUGCUAUCAAUGGUGAGAUUAAGAAUAACAGAGUUGUUGUGGGGAAGAAAAGUGUUUUAAGGUGUAGAGAUCUUUGAGUUUCUGCAACUUUGAAUGCUUCAAUUUUUAGUUUUUAUUCACUUUUUUUAUAUCAUCUUUUCUGGUUUCAAUUUGCAUUUUUUUAAUUUUUUGGGAGGGUGGAUUUGUAGUAGUAUUAAAGCUUCUAAGCUUGUGUGAUUUGAGUGCUGAUUAUUGGAAUAUUAUUACAGAAGAAUAGUUUUCAAUAUUCCUUGUUGAUUGGGAAUGAUUUGUUUGUUGUAUUUUUGAUGAAAUAAAUAAAUUUGUUUGUUUCUCUAUUAA